CAUUCAAUCCUCAAAGAAGACGAUUACAUUUGGACAGUCAUUCAUACAGACGCAAUUUGUCGACGAUGUCAUUCAUCGGGCGAGGAGGAUGUCGCCACUGUGGAUGUAGAGAAUACGUGAAGCCACCAGAGGGAGAGAAAUGUUACCACUGCAACCACGAGAUGGACCUUCACGUCGUCAAAUAUCAACCACAACCAACUGUUGGGACACCAACCAGCAAGACCGGUGAAUCAUCUGUUCAGAACACAAUGGAUGCUGCCACGGUGGAUGUUAGUCUGAUGCACACGGGAGAGGCGUUUGAACAAGGAGCCCCUGACGUAUGUUUCGAAGAGACGUGGGAAGUCCGCGCACCGUCUGACUUGGCGCAUGGACAUUUCGUCAAGCCCCAUGAUAGAGGUGCAGUCAUCACAAAGCGAGUAUCACCAAUGACAGGAAAGGAUGGAGAUAUCGGAUCUAGUGAAGACAUGGCAAUGUUCACGGACUUCAACCGAGACAAGUACGGAGUUGUUCGGGGUAGGUGUCGAGACUGCCCCGAGGACUGUCCUCAGUAUUCCCUACCUGUCCUCAGACACAACUGUACAUAUUGCGGGUGUCCGGCGGGUCAGCAUGAGAGGGUGGAACCUCGACCUGAACUCAUCAUCAAGAUAGAACCAGGGAAGGAGGGGGCAGGAUCUUCGGGGCGGCCUGUUGGAAGAUCACAACCUGGUCUGUCGAGAAAACAGGACGGGCUGCCUACAGCUCAAGCCCAACCUCGUUCCUCCAGGCGAAAUAAGUCGCCAAUUGUUUCACGAAAACAUCCGGAUACAUCGGGAGCAGUAACCCAGAAACGUUGUGAGACGUUAUUUGAGGAUACUGGCGUCAAUGUUUCUCUUCUUAAAAGAAACCUUAAAAGAAGAACACAACGUGGCGUGUUCACAAUCCUAUGGAAGGGAUAUAUAAUUUAUGUUGGUGAGCCAAAGAAAACGCCCAUAUUAUCAAGCCUCCGUAGUAUCUUUGCUGGUAGAAGCAACCAAGACAUCAGCACAUUUUUGAAAAGUCUACCCAAAGAUUUGAAAAAGAAGCACAUCAGAAUCGCCUGGCUGAAACGCAUGGAUGACGACCCACAUCGCCAAACUUGUGGCAAAGGCAAGAAAAAGGUGGUCUCGUACCGACAGUGUAUUUCAAAACUGCAAGGGAAGACUCCAAAGGAUAUCCUCAGGUAUUACAUGAGUGGACAAAACAUCAGGCGAUAGAAUCAAAAUGGUUGUCGUGUUUUAACAUUCAUCACCACAUGUGUCCGUGAUCUACAACAAGGCUCGUCCACCUCAAGGGCCGCCAUGCGUCUCAACGGCGCAAGCCAAUCAGAAGGCGCGUCAGGAUAUGGGUACUACAUUCAGUGUAAUAUCGUUUUUGUUGGUAUACCAAGAGAUUGACAAUGUAUCAAAGAAAUUCAGUAAUCACCUAUCUCAAAACAAAUUAUCUAAUCACAGACACACACACAAUGCUUUGACAAUGAUGUUUAGAGCGGCGUUAAACCAAACUCACUCACUCACUCUAACGUAACUAUCAUGGACUAUCCCUUGUCGCCUUCAAGUGUACCAGCAACAUAUGCUUGUGGUAAGAGGCGACUUCGUAGAUUGGUGGCAUCAUAUGCCGAAUGCGUGGCUGGGGCGUUGCUUAUAAUAUAUAUCACUGGUUUGUCUGGUCCAGAUUCUAUUAUCUAUAUGGUUGGGGCUAGGAAUUCUCAUCGUAGCUGUUAAAACGUGUUUAUACUAAAAAUACCAAUCACUGGUUUAUCUAGUUCAGAUUAGUAUUCACCGCCUUUCUGUACACAGUAUGCAGUGUUUAAUAUGUUUUGUACUUUAGACUAGUAUAUGUCUGACAUUUGAUUUUGCACUUUGACCAUGCCUUUAUGUUUAUACUUUAGGCGAGUAUAUGUUUUUUGUUAUGAUAAAUAACAAAUUUUACCAAUAUGUCGACAGAAAACCAAACGUCUCAGCAUAACUUGUUUUUAAAAAAAAUAUUUCUGUUAACCUUAUAUUCCAAUAAAAUUUGCUUAUGGAGAAUGCCAUCUUUCACUGGACAAAAUAUCAUCCAUUCCAAAAAAUC